AGCAGCAGUAGCCGACAAAAGUAUCCAGUAACUGAUUCAUUGUCUGGUUCCAGACAGUUCAUGAGAAUGUCAAAACGAGUAGUUCUCAUCUCUCUCCACGAUCAUCAGCCGUCCUCUCUACUUGAUAUGUCACCUUCAUUCCCGUUUACCACAAUUUCUUUAAGCAAAUAUUCAACCAAGAACACCUCCCACGUCUCUCUAUUGCCAGGUGUUAUUCUCUUUCAUCUUCCUUCACCAAAUCUCUCACUUCUCUCAGCCUCUCCUCCUCCUGCCUGAAAUAAUUGACCAGUUUUGAUCCUAACUGUCUGCAUAAUUGAACUCAGUUUAAGUCCUUUUUUUUAUUCUUGCACUCAUUCUUUUGGUCAUGUGUCUUUUAGUUAAGUCCAAGGUACGUGUUUAAGCCUGCUGAUAUGGAAUUCUGAUUAAUAUUUUAGCUCCAUGAUUGAUUGCUUCAGCUUAAUUAGCCCUGUUGAUGAGUUGUACUUGGCCCCAUUACGGACUUGUCUGAAUUGGUUACAAAGAAUUAAGACAACUUCUUGUACUAAUAAUUGCCAAUAUUGAGAUUUAGAUAUUGUUGCAGAAGCUUGAGUCAAUGGUUUCUAGACAUUCUGAGUUCUUGUUGGGUAUAAAUACAUCUCAUUUGCCCUCUUGUCCUUUCAAGCGUCGAGUUUUUCGAGCUUCUUCUAACAGCUUAACAUCAAAUAAACACUCCCUAAUAGGCUAGCCAAGAACAGAAAUUAACAGGAACAUCAAUGGAGCCUAUUGGGGUUGCUCUGGAAGGAGAAUGGAGCUCUCUUAGUGGAAUGUACACAAGCGAGGAGGCUGAUUUCUUGGAACAAUUGCUUGGUAAUAAUGAUUCAAGUUCCAGCUUGGGAGUUCUAUCUUCUUUCUGGUCUAGCCAAAAAUCAGAAAUGAACAUGGCAGGAGGCAAUGGAGGUUUAGUUGAUACUAAUUUCUACAAUUUUUCACAAGGGAGUAGUAGUUAUAGUGGUGGAAGCAGUUCUCAGAGCUACUACUUCAGUGAUUCUCAUCCAGUCUCCAUCGCUAUGGAUUUUUGUGUUGGAGAUGUGACAAAUACUGCCUCGUAUCUCGUCGAAGGCGAUGACUGUUCGAAUCGAGAAAUGAGGAAUGGCAAUGUGGAAGAGUCUGGUGGAAACCAGCAGCCUGCAGCUGCUGAUCUACCUGUUAACUGUUUGCUGCCCAAGAAAGAACAUGAGAUGCUGGCUCCAGAAACAUCAACAGAAGAUAAAAGCAACAGCCCGUCUGAGAUCUCUAAGAAAAGGUCGCGAAGGGCAGGAGAUGUGAGUACAAGAAACAGAAUUUAGCAUUGUAUUUUUUAAUAGAAUGUGUAGGAAUUAGUUUCUAGAGCAUGUUCUAAUGGUGAUUUUUACAAUGUAGGUUCAAAAGAACAAGAGGAAUGUAAGGUCUAAGAAGAGCAAGAACUUUGUCUCUAGCAACAGCAAUGAUGAAGAGACUAAUGCAGGCUUUAAUGGGCCAGCCUCAAGCAGCUACUGCUCGGAGGAUGACUCGAAUGCAUCCCAUGAACAGAAUGGAGGAGCUAGUUCAAGUUUGAGCUCCAAAGGGACUUCAAUCCUCAACUCAAAUGGCAGAACAAGAGCCAGUAGAGGGGCAGCAACUGAUCCCCAGAGCCUCUAUGCAAGG